AUGAUGCGUCCAUCUGCAGCUGAGCUCAACACAUUAUCCAAAACAUUCAUGGAACAGCUGCAAGCACAGUUUUUGACAAAUAAAGUUCCUGCUGUUGGAUUUCAAAAUUUCCCGAAUUUCUCGAUUGCUGCUUUGACAAAAUUAGAAAAUAAAGAUGAUGAGGAGAAAAAAUCACCCAUCGGAGGUAACAUUUUUUGUUUUCUUAGGACAGUUUCAUAUUCUGUGUUUUUUCAGAUAACAGCCUUUUGGAACCCACUUCAACUUCAGAUAGCCGAGAAAAUGGAAGUCCAUCAGAUGGAACAAAUUCACCAGAUGAGAAUGGCAAACGAAAACAACGGCGUUAUCGAACAACUUUUAGUGCUUUUCAGUUAGAUGAACUUGAAAAAGUUUUUGCCAGAACCCAUUAUCCAGAUGUUUUCACAAGGUAAGAUAAAUGAUAAAAUAAUACUUUUUUAAUGAGAAAAAAAAAGAAAUUGAGAACGAAAAUAGCAAAAUCAAAAUCCGAUCAAAUUUCAAAAAAGCGUGUCGAAACACCUGCAAUUAGACGAAAUUUUUAAUUGCCAUUUUCCUAAAAUUUCAACAUUUUCUCUUUUUUGGCCCAAAAAGGAAGUGGUUUGACUAAUCCAAAAACAAUAACCAAUUGUAUAAGUCGGUCGGCAACAAGGAAAAGAAAGAUCCGGUGUGCCACCCAAUUCAGAUCUAAUUGAGCGCGCACAAUUUCAUCCUCCCCCCUUUACUCCUUCUGUUUAAAGUGCUUAAUUAUAAUAGUAAUAAAAAGAAACCGAGAUUUUUUCGGGAUCAGAUUAAAACAUUCAUUUUUUGCAGAGAAGAAUUGGCUGCUCGUGUUCAACUCACCGAAGCGCGUGUUCAAGUAAGUUCAUUUACCUACAGUAAUCUGAUUUUUGAGUGAGAGAGAGAGAGAGAAAGAACUUCGUAAUUCAAUGAUAAUAAUAAUAAAUGCAUGAUGAGAUUUACUAACUCUUUUUUGCUAGAAUUAGGCACGCGAUGUUAUCUAAUAUAUAAAUCUGCUUCACGCGAGCGAAUACAUUUAAUCCCUUUACUAAUUGAGAUAUUUGAAAAAAAGAACGAGAGAGAGGAAAAGAGUAAUUAAAGUAUCGAAUAGGUAAUUAAUUACCUAAUAAAACGAUUAUAUUCUUAUUCUUAUUCUUAAGGUGUGGUUUCAAAAUCGACGCGCAAAAUUUCGAAAACAAGAAAGAAGUACAACACAUCAUCCAUAUCAAACACCAAUUGCUAUGCAACCAAAUAGUAAUGAGAUGCCAUAUGCAUUUAUGUUGAAUCAGGAAGCUUUGAUGGCUGCAUUGAAUCAACAGGCUGCAGUUCAAAUUUUGAGUGAGUUAUAUAUUCUGAAUAUUAUCAUUUCACUCAAUGUUUUUUAGAUGAUCAAUUGUUGUUGCCACAAGGAGCCGGAUCUGAUGCACAAAAAGAGCGCACUUCUCAAUCACCGGUAGCAAUUUCACCGGGUUCACCAGUUGGUGCUACACCAUCUACACCAACUGCCACUGCAACAGCUACAGCACAAUUCAACGAUGCGGCUGCACUUAAUAUGUUGUUCGGUGGAAUGAAUCCACAAAUGUUGUAUAUGCAACAACUCACAAGAGCAAUGGAAGCUUUUCGAUCACAAUUUGUGGCGGCAAACGCAGCUCCAGGCGCUGGUGAUCUAAUAGUUAAUGCGUUAGCUGCGGCUGCAUCAAAAGAUGAGGAAACUACAGCGACACCAACAACAUCGCCAGCGCCAAGUGAUCGACCAAAAAGUUCGUCGACUCCACCAAAAUCACCAUAG